AUGAGGCUCGCUGAUGGCUUCUUGGACGAAGACGCGACGGCGAUGGUCGCGGCCGACGAGAUGGACUCGAUGGCCGAGAACACGGCAUCGGAGGCCGACGCGAUGGCGGCCACGGACUCGGCGAGCACGCCGGAGACCUCAACCUCGGCGAGGGUGGCGGAGGAUUCAGCGAGCUGCGGGAAGUACUUGGCGGCGUUGCGCACGGAGGAGGCCGUCCACCUCACGGCCAUCUAUUGGAACCGCCCCGACCAGCAGGGAGCCUGGCGGUGUUGUGCCUGGGCAACCGAAAGAGCUCCUCCCGAGUCCUUCCACAGCACAGCAACUUCUUUCUCCAAGUACUCCAUCGCAGACAGCUCCAUGGACUUGAGCAGUUGUCGGUACUCGGAGUUUGGCGGAGGAAAUCAGCGAGGCGGCGGCGACGACGACGACGACGCAGACAAGGAGAGGCCCCUGGUUCUGUGCAACAAGGCGUCGAGGUGGCACGAGCAGCUGCAAUGCUGGUGCCUCAACUUCCGUGGCCGUGUGACGGUGGCAUCAGUCAAGAACUUCCAGCUGAUAGCUUCUGCGGCACAGGCAGCCGCAGCAGGGGCUUCGGCACCUCCUGCUCGACAGACGCCGCAGCCCCAGGCGUCGUCGAGCCACGACAUGGUGAUCUUGCAAUUCGGCAAAGUUGCAAAGGAUACGUUCACCAUGGACUACCGGUACCCGCUGUCGGCUUUCCAGGCCUUCGCCAUAUGUUUGACCAGCUUUGACACGAAGCUGGCCUGUGAAUAAGAUCAAUAGAUGGGGUUAGCAUA